AUGAGCUUCAAAAACAUGAGGGAGUACUUGGCCUGGCUCUACUACCAGUACCUGCUCAUCACUGGCAUCUAUGUCCUGGAACCGUGGGAAAAGUCCAUCUUUAACUCUGUUUUUUUCUCCGCCAUCGCCAUGGUAAUCUACACCUCAUACGUCUUUGUACCCAUCCAUGUGCGUCUGGCGCUGGAGUUUUUCUCUGGGAUCUUUGGUGGCCAACCUGAGAGCACUGUGGCACUUAUGAACUGAGACAAAAAAGAAAAAUGG